AUGCCGGAAUCCCUACUCUGGAUCAACAAGGACAGCGGCUCAGCGGUCUUAUCGCGGAGUUCAAAGGCCGAGACUAGACAGAUUCGCAAACACGUCCAGCACGAAAGACAACUCAGAGCCAAAGCCGCCCAUGAAGCGGCCGCUAAAUCUACACCAGCAACAGAGCAAGACAAAACCCCUUACAGAACCAACAGAAAGGAUCAAUCCGGCCCUGAACAGACACCAGUCGACCUAAGACAGCCAGAUCUCCGCCUGGAUACAAAUGUACAAGUUCAAAGUCCUCAAUAUCGGCCGUCUUUGUUCUCGGCAUCUUUAUCCCCAAGUAUCAGAUCUCCGACCACUCAUUCAAACCGGGUUUUGCAAGCCGUGAACACAUUCCCUGGACUCGAGCCCCAAGAACUGCGCAGCCUGGUUUUCUUCUGCCAGAGAACGGCGCCAGAAUGGUCCGGCUGGAGGGACGCAACAUUUUGGAACAAACUUAUCCUUCAAGCUUGUCACAUGAACCGAUCUAUCCUCCACGGAGUAGUGGCUCUCGGUGCACUGCAUGAGUCGUCAGAGGUAGACGGAGAGUCAGACGAACGCUCGAACUUGCAGGAAUUGGCUCUACAUCAGAGCAGCAAAGCUUCCCGCAUGGCAUAUGAAACCGCAAUGUCAGAUAUCGCAACUCUGAUCUCCUGCGUUAUCUUCAUAUGUCUACAGAACCUGCAGGACAGCCACACUGCAUAUCAGCUGCUCAAGUCUGGAUAUAGUUUGAUUACCGAUAUUGACGAAAGACUACGAUCUGGCGAUCUCACUCUCUGUGACAGCGAAAAGACUGUCCUGAAUAACUUCCUUCGCCCAAUCGUCGAACGUCUGCGUAUGAGGUUCUGCAGUAUUGUCGACCUUCCUUCUGCUUUGGCCCUCAGCGCAGGGAUCAAACGAAGCAAAAUAGAGCACCGUAUGACGCUGCCAGACAUUCCAUACUGCUUUGGAAACCUCCUAGAGGCCCGGAACAAGCUUGAAGAGAUAGUUGAUUGGGCGCAAGAAAAUAUUGAUCCGUCUUUCGCGCACAGUGAACAGCGUUCUCAGGUGCAGGCUUUGCUAGCAAGCUGGAAUGCCGCUCUCGAAGAUACAAGGAUCACUGCUCUCGAGCGGUAUGAGGCCUUGAACACCUCGAAGAAGCUCCUCAGAGCCGCUGCACUCGUCGCUUCAAUCCUCUGCGAUACCCUCGGGACGAGUGAGGAAUGCAGCUACGAUCACCAUGUUGACAAAUUCGCAGAGGUUGUUAACCUUUAUAGAGACGCAAUCGGCGACCCUGCUAGAGCUCCUAGAAGAACCUCCUUUGGAAUCGACUCUGGCGUGAUAGAUACACUGGCCUUUGUAGCUGGAAGAUGCCGCGAUCCAGUCAUUCGAAGGUCAGCUAUCGAUUUACUAGCCCAGACAAACAGAACCGAAGGUGAUCUCCAGGGCUGUACAGGUAGCACCAUCUUACAGACACUGAUGGAGCUCGAAGAGGAUGGUGCUGAUGCGACCGAAGCUUGCCAUGUUCCAGAGUCUCAAAGGUUACGCAUCUGGGAGGACCACCAAUACUGGGAUACCGGCAAGAUUCAUAUUUUCUUCGUCAAGUGGCCCUACGACCCAUCAUUGGGUGCCGAAAUGAAAACAGCUUCUGUCUACCUGCCCUUGAAGUCUCUGAGGACGGCAAAGGAAAAGGCGGCUCCCGGUAGUCCUACAGGAUUGCCGAACGUCAAGUAUGGCCGGGGAGUCGGCGCAUUUUUGGAAGAAGGCACGCAAACCUAUCAUCAGAUCACACUGUCUUCCUUCUUUAUGCCAGUGCCGAGGCUGUGA